CUAGACGAGCAAUCUGUUUGUUUAUUGGUCGAAAGGUGGCCUUCUUUCUUCAAUAGCAAAAUGGCCGAAUUUCGUAGGAGCACGAUAGACGUCCCGGAAUGUGUGUGUGCAUAAACGUGGAAUAAUCAUUGUUGUAAAUAAACUAAAGUGCUAGUGCCGUCCUUUUAGUGUCAGUGAAUGCUGUGUUACCCAGUGCCUACGUAGUGAUCUAGUUUUUAACAGGGUGUUUUAUCAGUGUUUUGUGUCUUGUUUUCCCGAGUAACAUCGGCCUGACAUCUGUUUUGGAUUUAUGUUGACUUCAUAACGGUGAUGCUGGGCGGGGCAGGGUCGCCGGGCGGCGAGGAGCUGCUCACUGUCACCGUCGUCCGCGAUGAGCACGGAUAUGGCAUGAAAGUGUCCGGCGACAACCCAGUAUACGUGCAGUCGGUGAAGGAGCACGGGGCCGCAUGGCGCGCCGGGCUGCGGGCGGGCGACCGCAUCCUGCGGGUGGACGGCGUGCCUGUUCACCACCACACGCACCAGCAGGUCGUCAUGAUGAUACGAGCCAACCCCACAGCCGUUCUGACGGUCCACCAGAACACGUCUCGCCACAAGACGCCUAUCACCGCACCCCUGCCUGUCAAUCCGGAGAAACAGAGGCAGCUGGAGGUGUCCAAAGUGCACACGAUGCGGCUGAUGCUGGAGCAAGAGCAGAAAUACAUCCGUGAGCUACGCAACGAGCUCUCCAAAGUGCCUGACGUGAGAAAGCAGGCGCAACUGGAGUCGUCUGAACAGCGUUGCGCCACGCUCCAGCACGAGAUUGAUUCCAUCACCGCCGGCCAUCCCCCACAGCCCAUCGAUCCUCCGGCCACCCCGCGCCUCUCCCGGACCAAGACGAACUUGGACAAGCCAGCCGGCUCCCCACCACCCACCAGCUUCUUAAGCGGACUACCCAGAUCCUUAAGCAACUUAACCGGACAAAGCUUAAGGAAUUUGCGGACUAGACAGAAUAAUAAACAAGAGAAUGCUCCACCAUUAGUCCGACAGAACUCCGAUGAGACCAAUAAGCGAAGACACGUCCAUAACAACACAGUCCCAAUGGUACCAACGACAUGCCUGGACAACACUCCCCCUCCUUUACCACCAAGGUCUAUCGAGCGUCCAAAAAGAAGUCCCCUGUCACCAAACAUGACACCGGUGAAUCCUCUAGCGAAACCAAAACCUAGCUCAUCGUCACCAGCUCACAAAUAUUACAAGCGGGACAGAGGGUCCCCUAUGCAUCAAUCCAUGCCGUCAUAUGAAUCCCAGAAGCUAAGAAUGUCUUCACACUCAUUGGAUGGAGAGUUAGACGGGCCGCAGCCGAACUCUAUAGCGAUGCAGAUGAGUUACCCGCUGGUCAAUGUGCCUCCGCCGCCAUUACAGACGGACGAUAGAACAGGCUUGCCCGUUCUCCAUGUUAGGAGCCAAUCGUCGCCUGAGCAUUUAGACCAUGGACUUCCUAGAUCGGGCUGGGCGCGGGCCCCGGGCACGCCGCCGCCCGGCACGCCGCCGCCGCCCUACGCGCACAACACGCAGCCCUGCGCCGACCCGCAGCGCGCCAUCAUCUCCAUGGAGGAGGACGACUCGCCCGCCUGCGUGAGUACCGCACCGACGUCGACUCUUCAUAUCCACUGUAUUGCAGCGGGCUGGGUACGCGGCGCAGGCCCGGGCCCGGGCACGCCGCCGCCCUACGCGCACAACACGCAGCCCUGCGCCGACCCGCAGCGCGCCAUCAUCUCCAUGGAGGAGGACGACUCGCCCGCCUGCGUGAGUACCGCACCGACGUCGACUCUUCAUAUCCACUGUAUUGCAGCGGGCUGGGUACGCGGCGCAGGCCCGGGCCCGGGCACGCCGCCGCCCUACGCGCACAACACGCAGCCCUGCGCCGACCCGCAGCGCGCCAUCAUCUCCAUGGAGGAGGACGACUCGCCCGCCUGCGUGAGUACCGCACCGACGUCGACUCUUCAUAUCCACUGUAUUGCAGCGGGCUGGGUACGCGGCGCAGGCCCGGGCCCGGGCACGCCGCCGCCCUACGCGCACAACACGCAGCCCUGCGCCGACCCGCAGCGCGCCAUCAUCUCCAUGGAGGAGGACGACUCGCCCGCCUGCGUGAGUACCGCACCGACGUCGACUCUUCAUAUCCACUGUAUUGCAGCGGGCUGGGUACGCGGCGCAGGCCCGGGCCCGGGCACGCCGCCGCCCUACGCGCACAACACGCAGCCCUGCGCCGACCCGCAGCGCGCCAUCAUCUCCAUGGAGGAGGACGACUCGCCCGCCUGCGUGAGUACCGCACCGACGUCGACUCUUCAUAUCCACUGUAUUGCAGCGGGCUGGGUACGCGGCGCAGGCCCGGGCCCGGGCACGCCGCCGCCCUACGCGCACAACACGCAGCCCUGCGCCGACCCGCAGCGCGCCAUCAUCUCCAUGGAGGAGGACGACUCGCCCGCCUGCGUGAGUACCGCACCGACGUCGACUCUUCAUAUCCACUGUAUUGCAGCGGGCUGGGUACGCGGCGCAGGCCCGGGCCCGGGCACGCCGCCGCCCUACGCGCACAACACGCAGCCCUGCGCCGACCCGCAGCGCGCCAUCAUCUCCAUGGAGGAGGACGACUCGCCCGCCUGCGUGAGUACCGCACCGACGUCGACUCUUCAUAUCCACUGUAUUGCAGCGGGCUGGGUACGCGGCGCAGGCCCGGGCCCGGGCACGCCGCCGCCCUACGCGCACAACACGCAGCCCUGCGCCGACCCGCAGCGCGCCAUCAUCUCCAUGGAGGAGGACGACUCGCCCGCCUGCGUGAGUACCGCACCGACGUCGACUCUUCAUAUCCACUGUAUUGCAGCGGGCUGGGUACGCGGCGCAGGCCCGGGCCCGGGCACGCCGCCGCCCUACGCGCACAACACGCAGCCCUGCGCCGACCCGCAGCGCGCCAUCAUCUCCAUGGAGGAGGACGACUCGCCCGCCUGCGUGAGUACCGCACCGACGUCGACUCUUCAUAUCCACUGUAUUGCAGCGGGCUGGGUACGCGGCGCAGGCCCGGGCCCGGGCACGCCGCCGCCCUACGCGCACAACACGCAGCCCUGCGCCGACCCGCAGCGCGCCAUCAUCUCCAUGGAGGAGGACGACUCGCCCGCCUGCGUGAGUACCGCACCGACGUCGACUCUUCAUAUCCACUGUAUUGCAGCGGGCUGGGUACGCGGCGCAGGCCCGGGCCCGGGCACGCCGCCGCCCUACGCGCACAACACGCAGCCCUGCGCCGACCCGCAGCGCGCCAUCAUCUCCAUGGAGGAGGACGACUCGCCCGCCUGCGUGAGUACCGCACCGACGUCGACUCUUCAUAUCCACUGUAUUGCAGCGGGCUGGGUACGCGGCGCAGGCCCGGGCCCGGGCACGCCGCCGCCCUACGCGCACAACACGCAGCCCUGCGCCGACCCGCAGCGCGCCAUCAUCUCCAUGGAGGAGGACGACUCGCCCGCCUGCGUGAGUACCGCACCGACGUCGACUCUUCAUAUCCACUGUAUUGCAGCGGGCUGGGUACGCGGCGCAGGCCCGGGCCCGGGCACGCCGCCGCCCUACGCGCACAACACGCAGCCCUGCGCCGACCCGCAGCGCGCCAUCAUCUCCAUGGAGGAGGACGACUCGCCCGCCUGCGUGAGUACCGCACCGACGUCGACUCUUCAUAUCCACUGUAUUGCAGCGGGCUGGGUACGCGGCGCAGGCCCGGGCCCGGGCACGCCGCCGCCCUACGCGCACAACACGCAGCCCUGCGCCGACCCGCAGCGCGCCAUCAUCUCCAUGGAGGAGGACGACUCGCCCGCCUGCGUGAGUACCGCACCGACGUCGACUCUUCAUAUCCACUGUAUUGCAGCGGGCUGGGUACGCGGCGCAGGCCCGGGCCCGGGCACGCCGCCGCCCUACGCGCACAACACGCAGCCCUGCGCCGACCCGCAGCGCGCCAUCAUCUCCAUGGAGGAGGACGACUCGCCCGCCUGCGUGAGUACCGCACCGACGUCGACUCUUCAUAUCCACUGUAUUGCAGCGGGCUGGGUACGCGGCGCAGGCCCGGGCCCGGGCACGCCGCCGCCCUACGCGCACAACACGCAGCCCUGCGCCGACCCGCAGCGCGCCAUCAUCUCCAUGGAGGAGGACGACUCGCCCGCCUGCGUGAGUACCGCACCGACGUCGACUCUUCAUAUCCACUGUAUUGCAGCGGGCUGGGUACGCGGCGCAGGCCCGGGCCCGGGCACGCCGCCGCCCUACGCGCACAACACGCAGCCCUGCGCCGACCCGCAGCGCGCCAUCAUCUCCAUGGAGGAGGACGACUCGCCCGCCUGCGUGAGUACCGCACCGACGUCGACUCUUCAUAUCCACUGUAUUGCAGCGGGCUGGGUACGCGGCGCAGGCCCGGGCCCGGGCACGCCGCCGCCCUACGCGCACAACACGCAGCCCUGCGCCGACCCGCAGCGCGCCAUCAUCUCCAUGGAGGAGGACGACUCGCCCGCCUGCGUGAGUACCGCACCGACGUCGACUCUUCAUAUCCACUGUAUUGCAGCGGGCUGGGUACGCGGCGCAGGCCCGGGCCCGGGCACGCCGCCGCCCUACGCGCACAACACGCAGCCCUGCGCCGACCCGCAGCGCGCCAUCAUCUCCAUGGAGGAGGACGACUCGCCCGCCUGCGUGAGUACCGCACCGACGUCGACUCUUCAUAUCCACUGUAUUGCAGCGGGCUGGGUACGCGGCGCAGGCCCGGGCCCGGGCACGCCGCCGCCCUACGCGCACAACACGCAGCCCUGCGCCGACCCGCAGCGCGCCAUCAUCUCCAUGGAGGAGGACGACUCGCCCGCCUGCGUGAGUACCGCACCGACGUCGACUCUUCAUAUCCACUGUAUUGCAGCGGGCUGGGUACGCGGCGCAGGCCCGGGCCCGGGCACGCCGCCGCCCUACGCGCACAACACGCAGCCCUGCGCCGACCCGCAGCGCGCCAUCAUCUCCAUGGAGGAGGACGACUCGCCCGCCUGCGUGAGUACCGCACCGACGUCGACUCUUCAUAUCCACUGUAUUGCAGCGGGCUGGGUACGCGGCGCAGGCCCGGGCCCGGGCACGCCGCCGCCCUACGCGCACAACACGCAGCCCUGCGCCGACCCGCAGCGCGCCAUCAUCUCCAUGGAGGAGGACGACUCGCCCGCCUGCGUGAGUACCGCACCGACGUCGACUCUUCAUAUCCACUGUAUUGCAGCGGGCUGGGUACGCGGCGCAGGCCCGGGCCCGGGCACGCCGCCGCCCUACGCGCACAACACGCAGCCCUGCGCCGACCCGCAGCGCGCCAUCAUCUCCAUGGAGGAGGACGACUCGCCCGCCUGCGUGAGUACCGCACCGACGUCGACUCUUCAUAUCCACUGUAUUGCAGCGGGCUGGGUACGCGGCGCAGGCCCGGGCCCGGGCACGCCGCCGCCCUACGCGCACAACACGCAGCCCUGCGCCGACCCGCAGCGCGCCAUCAUCUCCAUGGAGGAGGACGACUCGCCCGCCUGCGUGAGUACCGCACCGACGUCGACUCUUCAUAUCCACUGUAUUGCAGCGGGCUGGCGCGCCAUCAUCUCCAUGGAGGAGGACGACUCGCCCGCCUGCGUGAGUACCGCACCGACGUCGACUCUUCAUAUCCACUGUAUUGCAGCGGGCUGGGUACGCGGCGCAGGCCCGGGCCCGGGCACGCCGCCGCCCUACGCGCACAACACGCAGCCCUGCGCCGACCCGCAGCGCGCCAUCAUCUCCAUGGAGGAGGACGACUCGCCCGCCUGCGUGAGUACCGCACCGACGUCGACUCUUCAUAUCCACUGUAUUGCAGCGGGCUGGGUACGCGGCGCAGGCCCGGGCCCGGGCACGCCGCCGCCCUACGCGCACAACACGCAGCCCUGCGCCGACCCGCAGCGCGCCAUCAUCUCCAUGGAGGAGGACGACUCGCCCGCCUGCGAAACAUCAAAUCCUGGACUGUUCUCGAAUCUUCGAACAGUGUUAGAUUCCAAAGCACGCACGGCCGUCUUGCUCAACUGGCUUUUAGGAGAGAGAAGAUGUGCCUGUGCGACCCUCCUCCUCCUCAUAACCGACGGUUACCGGACUGCCCAAGGGGUUCCCACUUCUACCCUCCGCCGUUGGGCCUAUGAAAUACAAUCAACCUUCUUAGCCCCGGCGGCUGUGUUGAGACCUCCUACCAUAGACCCGCAGGCGGUUAAGGAGGUCGAGGAUGUUCUCCAUGAUGAUUACGAUAAAGAAGAAAUACUCCGUACGGUCUUCCGAAAAGCGCGACAGAAGGCCAAAGAAGAGAUGGCUCAGCAACUCAACGAGUUUCAAGUGAAGAGACAAGUCGGUUUGGGAGGUCUAUACGGACCGGAUGACGCUCAGAUCGAGAGAUGCGUCGUUGAUAAAGCUCAGGAGCAAGUGAUAGUGGAGCGGCUGCUGGUGCAGUGCCUCUCCGGAGUCGCCAGCGCGGGCGCGGGCAGCGCGGGCGCCGCGGCGGGCGGCUGCGGCGCGCGCGCCGAGGGCCGCGCCGCCUUGCUCGCCGCUCUACAAGCCGCCGCCUUGUAUCUGCAAUGCAGGUGA